AUGUCUGCACUAAAGCUCAACCAACCCGAAACCCUUCUGGGGCUGAGUAUGGCCGAAGCGCGGAUGAUCAUUCUUGGUGUGCUGAGUUCCGAUAAAUCUGGCAAAGUUGACUUUGAUAAGAUGGCCGUCAAGGGCGGCUACAAGAACGCUCAAUCUGCUAGUACUCUCUAUCACAAGGCCAAGCGUAGGCUUUUCGAUAUCCAUAAUAACCCGGCCGAUCAAGAAGCUGGUACCUCUAUCAGUCCUGCAAAGGAAUCCGCUUCCACCACUGCCACUCCCAAGAAAACGCCCGCAAAGCGUGGCAAAGACAAGGCUGUCGCCGAUGAUGACAACACUGGUGCUAUCGAGACUACUCCAACUCCUUCCAAGGGGAAGCGUCAGAAGACGGCAGCUACCCCGAAGACCCCGAAGACUCCUCGCUCCGCGCCGAAGGCUGUGAAGACAGAGGCUCCAAAGCCUGGAGGCGUCACUACUCCCACUCCGGCCGAAGGCAAUGUCGUCGUGAAGAAGGAAGAACACGAUACGGAGCUCGAAAACAGUACCGUCAAGGAGGAGUUGAAGUCUUCUGAUGAUGAGGAACUUAUGAGUACCAGCCAGAUGAGUGCAGAGUUCUCUGGCAUGGGAAAGCGCCCAGAUACUCCCAAGUAA